AAGUUAAGCCAUUAUUGCAUCAGUUGUCUCAACGUUUAUCAUUGCAAACCAUUUUGACCUUAACUGCAAUCCAUUGAUAAUAAAGUGUUUUGUGUUUGUAUUGAACCAUAAAAUCGAUAUGUAUCGGUCAUCACUGCUAUCACUGCAAAGUUUAAGCCGUAUAGCUGUUCGCAAUGCGUCGACCGGACUCGUGAAGACUCCGAUUCCCGUUCACGGCGUCGAUGGCCGCUAUAUAUCGGCUCUUUGGUCGGCGGCAUCCAAACAGAAGAAGUUGGACGUCGUUGACAAAGAUCUUAAACAAUUGGUUGAGAUUUCACAGAAAGACAGCAAAUUUCAAGACUUGUUAUAUAAUCCGUUGAUUAAGGCCAAACAAAAGAAGGAGAUCUUAAGCAAAAAUAUCCCGUCUUUGAAGUUAAAUGAACUGACUGUCAAUUUGGUUGGUGUAAUGGCCGAAAACGGGCGCAUCAAACAUCUGCCAUCAGUGGCUCGCGGUUUCAACCGUGUUAUGGCCAUCUCUCGCGGUGAACUCGAGUGUACGGUAACUACCGCUAAGCCUAUUGAUGAUGCGACCCGUCAAGAGAUAGUUCAGUCAUUGAACGGCUUUGUUAAAGGCAACAAAAUAUCGUUGACUCUGAAAGUUGAUCCCAAAAUAAUGGGCGGUAUGUUAGUCGACUUCAACAGUGAACACUAUAUAGAUAUGUCUAUUAGAAGUAAAUUCAAUUUCUACUCAAAUCUCAUCAAACAAGCCGUUUAACAUCGGAUUUAUUGACAUUAAGUUUUGUUUUAUGUAUUAAAUAUUAUGUUAAUAAUUAUUAGUUGUAUUUGAAAAUAUGUCAGAAAAUUAGUAGUUUUUAAUUUUAAAAU